AUGUUAUUUGCUGAGAGAUAAAUAGUUGUCACUCAGUGGAGUCGUGUCUGAAUUGGGGUCAGGUUUUACCCGCCGCUCACACUCGCGAUCGACUCGUCAGUCUUUAUCAUUAUAUCUUAAUAAACGCUUUAAGUCUAUAUAUAAGUGUCGUUUUGAUACCACAACAGACAGUUGGCUCUCAACAGCGCUCAAUAACACCACUAAACAAAACGUCAAUUAAAUUCAGUAAUGAGUUUAUAUCCAAAAGUUUUCAAUUUUAAUCAUAGUUUUGAGCGCAACAUCAACUCAGACAACUACCUGACCGGCAAAUGCAAUAACCGGGCCUACAAUUACCAGCUUCUCAUUUGCGGAGCUGAGCACGAGUCAGCUACUGCGUGGUUAGCGGCGGCCACAGCGGCCAACUCCAGUCUAUCCAAUAAAAAGGUUGAACAACAGCCACAUCUGGUUAAGCGUUUCAAUAACAAUGAUCGCAUCAGAAGAACAUCAAUCCUCCGACAGAGCCAUUCCGUCAUAUCUGAUGAGUUGGUUUCGCCCACAUCUCCAACAUCGCCGACGGAGAAAAAGAAUGUACGGUUCGCUGACUCGAUUGGUGGACAACUCGAGUCAGUUAAAUACUAUGUGAUAUCACCACAAGUGCGUCGCCGACACAGUACAAUGGCUGCGCCCAACAUUUAUAGUCAAUUUUAUAAUGAGAAUCACCAGAAAUGCUCAUUAGUUCCGACAAACUAUACGAACCCAUCUCUGAGGCCCGACUUCAUCUCAAGAGUGAUGUCACAGUCAGUAGUGUUACAUUCGGUAACGACGGCCGAAACGACAGUUUAUGGUAUAAUCUCUGUGGCCAACCAUACGUUCGUUAAAAAAGUUUUUGUCAAAUAUACGUAUAACGACUGGCAAACACAUGUCGAGGUUGAGGCCAAUUACAUGUUGGGAUCCCAUGACGGUCAGUCCGAUAAAUUUUCAUUUGCCAUAUACGCUAAGCCCAACAAUUUCACACAAUCAUCACCCGAUCUUUUCCAUCCACGACUUUAUUUUGCCAUAAGAUAUCAAACGGGUGACGGAAGAGAGUUCUGGGACAACAAUGACCGCAAAAACUAUUGUCUCAAUUUUAUGGCUUCUGAUUUUAUAUACAAUCUUAACACUAAAUCAGCUAACAUACAGUUCCUUUAAUUGCAUUUUUAGAAAUCAUUCAUUAUUCCCAUCACUUUAAUAAAGCGAAAAACACUUAAAUUAUUGAAUCUUUUUUUUAAAAAAUGUAUAUUUUAUGAAUGAUAUAACAAUUUACUUAUUA